UUGACAUGACCGUCACUUUUAUUUUGAAAUCUGUAACCGGAAGUAGAUGCCGCUUUUUGCUGCAGCGUUCAGUCGCUCUGUCACGGGUCAGUUUUACCGGCAGUUCAGAGACACGGAAACGGAUGGAGAGAAUUUCUAUGUGCUUUAAGGACGUGAGAGCAGUAGAUGAUGAGUUCACAGCAGUAUCAGAGAACAGGACUGAACCCUGCACACACACCAGGGGUCCAAACCAAGACCACCACAGGUCAUGAGGACAGUGGGCGUGACUCUGGUCUCGCUUCUUCCUCCAGCGCCGCCGCUCCCCUCAGAGAUGAAAAGCAGGAGCCGGUGGUGGUGCGACCGUACGGCCCGACGUCCUCUGCCUCUCCGUUACUUCCUCAGCACAUCCCUGUCACCUUCACCGAAGGACCAAACAAGACUGCACUGAAGACUCCUAUACCUAGCCGUAUAAUUGCCCCAGCUCCAGCUCAGGGGCAUCUCACCCUGCCCCACAAAGUGCCCGGGCACAUCACAGUCACCAUGGAGAGCGCCAUGCCGCAGGCACCUGGGAUCCCAGUGGCCACCAUCAGCGGACAGCAGGGUCACACUGGGAAUCUGAACCGCAUCACCAGGCUGCAGAUUAUCCACGGUGGGACUCCGGCACUGAUCGGCUCCUCGGCCACGCCGCAACAUCAGUUUCCCUCACAUUUACCUAGAGGAGCUGCAGCCGCUGCUGUGAUGUCCAGUUCAAAGGGAGCGACCGUGUUGAGACCGGCGUCAGGACCGAAUACCGCAGCGGGACAGCCGACGGUGCAACACAUCAUCCAUCAGCCCAUUCAGUCACGUCCGAUAGCCACCACGUCCACAGCGGUCUUACCCACAGUCAUGGCUCCGGUGGCAGCCACCAGGCCUCAGUCUCCCGUUAUCAGCACGGUGACGGCUCACACAGGGGAAUUAGUGCACGGGCGCUCAGCUAUCACCCUCCACCCUCCUGCUGCUACCCUGAACAUCCAGCGGGUUCCUCACACCCGGGACACGAACCCACGCAUCACGCUUCCAUCCCACCCAGCUAUCGGCACUCAGAAGCCACUCAUGGCUCACUCCAUGGCGCAGAAAUCGAUCUUUAGCACCGUGACGCCUGUCGCUGCGGCAACCGUCGCCCCAAUCCUGGCCACCAACACGGUUCCUUCAACAACAACUACAGGCUCUGUGACGCAGGUAUCCAACAGUAACAUCGUAACCGUGACCGUGGCCUCUCAUUCCACUCACGCCACUGCAGCGACCACCUCCACCAUCCCCGUGGCGAAGGUGGUGCCCCAGCCGAUCACACACACCUCUCCUCGCAUCCAGUCUGAGUUUAGUGGAGAAAGAGGGAACCUCAUCCCCAUCUCAGCCCAUCGCGCGUCUCCUAAUCCUGCUGCUGCUAUGGAGAACCGCAGCGAUGCCAGGCAGUCUGUUCCUAUGCAGUUUCAGUACUUUCUGCCAGCCUACCAAUCAGCUUCUUACCCUCUGACACACACCUACACACCCAUCACCAGCUCCGUGUCGAACAUGCGCCCGUUUCCAGUGACGGCUCAGGCACCCUCUGCUGCUCAGCCCGGCAUGGGCAUGGCCUCCGCCGUCCAUCUAAACUCCAUGCAGCUGAUGACGGUGGACCGCAUCACGCAAAUCAACACUCAGAACAUGCAGCCAGCGGCCGUGGCGGCACAAGGAGGCCAAAAUGCAGCCAUUGCCGCUCAGGGUCUUCACCCCAACACCCCCAUUACACCGCAGAGCAUCCAGGCUGCUCCCAUCAACCCCCAACAAAACCCAAGUGAGGCCAAGACUUCAGUGGUGCUGGCUGACGGCUCAGCUCUGGUCGCCAACGCCAUCAACAGCACCUUUAACUCCAAUCAGCCUGUUGCCACGGUAACUCAGGCACACUCACAGGGAGGUGGAUCAGGUACGCCAACACUGGUUUCGUCUCCUCGACCCAGCAUCCUCCGCAAAAAACCCACCAUCGAUGGCACCGCUGUGAGGAAGAAUCUGAUGGUAACUCAGCUCUGUGACUCUGUCAGGAUGGAUGGAGGUCUGAGGAGCGCUGCAGGAUCACCACGACCCUCUGGAGUAAAACCCAAAUCCGAGGUGCUCAUGGGAUUGGCUCCUCCUGUCAGUGCCGCAGUGGACGCUAUUUCAGGACAAAGCGGAGAGCAGAUCGUAGCCCCGCCUCCUUCUCAAAUCCCCGCUCAGCCCGUCUCCGCCCUCCUCACGUCAGUCACACCACCUUCUCAGCCCGUCCCUGCUGCCAUGGCAGUGACUCCACCCAUCCCUUCGAUGGCCAAUGUAGUGGCUCCGCCUUCUCACCCAGCAGCCAGUAGUACCGCAGCUUGUGCAGUUAGCUCAAACUUUCCAGAAGUUAAGCAGGAGGCGGUGCCCAUGGACACCUCAAAACCAGUGGCUCCAGCGCCACCUAGCGUCAAUCCCACCCUGUCGGUGCCAUCUGCAGAUCUCACGCCUGGAGCUUCACCCAGAAAAAAGCCCCGGAAGCAGCAGCACGUCAUCUCCACCGAGGAGAGCGAGAUGAUGGAGACCAACAGCACAGACGAGGAAAAACCUCCAGCCAAACCCGUCAGUCACCGUCUGGAGAAACGCAAAUCGCCUCCUAAAGAGUACAUCGACGAGGAGGGCGUGCGGUACGUUCCCGUCCGAAUCCGUCCUCCGGUCACUCUCCUGCGCCAUUACCGGAACCCCUGGAAAGCUGCUUAUCAUCAUUUCCAGAGAUACAGCGAAGUCCGGGUCAAAGAGGAUAAAAAAGGAAAUCUUCAGGACGUGGCCAAUCAGAAAGGGGUCGUGUGUCGAGCUCAAGGCUGGAAGAUCCAUCUGUGUGCAGCUCAGCUGGUGCAGCUGACGAAUCUGGAGCACGACGUCUACAGCCGUUUGACGAGUCUGCAGGAGGGAAUCGCCCCCAAGAAAAAAGCGUCAGCAGACGACGAUCUGCACCGCAUCAGCGAGCUCAUACAGGGUAACAUGCAGCGCUGUAAGCUGGUGAUGGAUCAGAUCACGGAGGCUCGCGAGGCCAUGAUGAAAGUGCUGGACCACAGAGAGCGAGUCCUCAAACUCCUUAACAAGAACAGCAACACCAAGAAGCUCCACAAGCUCCAUAAACGCAAAGACAGAGCAUGACGCAGCAUCACACACACACACACACACACACACAUCCGGCCCGGUGUUGGAGGUGAAGGACGAACAGAUUCACCACAAUAAUCCCACAGGAACGUGUUAAAACCGGGAGAAGCUUGACGGAGCUGGACAGAGUUAGCAUUAAUAUUUGCAGUAUAAAAGCCUUACCUCCACUACAGAACGCACACACGAGGGACAAUCUGAGUUACACUGCAAUAUACCUACACUAGGGGCGGAGUCACUAAGGACGCUGAAAAAUACAUCCAUAAUUAUUUAGUCUCAUUAAACUAUUAUUCAGUAAAAAUAAAAAAUAAAAACUAUUAUAGGAAGAUACUUGAAGACAUUUUGAAAAUAUACUAUACGUGUCAUAAUAAUCCUACACUAUUAAAAGUUCCAUAUUAAAAAGAACAGUUAUUAUUUAUGGUCUAAUUAAAAGAAAUAUUAGCAACACAAUGUUCCCUUUAUCCCCAAACUCCUACCUUUUAGACCGCUGCUAGAAAACCAGGUGAAAAAAAGAGUCAUUUGGCUUCGAUGUUUUCCUCUGCAUUUAUUUUUUUUUUAGAUGUUCUCUCGGUCUGUUUGGGACUCACCUCCCCGAAGCCGGGUGUGUGUGAUCUAUAUAAGCUUCCUUUAUCUGUUGGUAACUUUAACAAAGUCAUUCAAGGGUGGACAAAUCACGAACUCGCCAGGAAAGUGGACGCUCUGUCGUGCUUCAGUCACACAGUGUAGACGUCCAGGCUAAAGCACCGUGUCUAAGUUAACAAGUUAAUUGUUGUGGUUACGGGGUGCACGGUGGCUUAGUGGUUAGCACAUUCGCCUCAAAAAUCCAGGGUCGGGGGUUCGAUUCCCACCUCCGCCUUGUGUGUGUGGAGUUUGCAUGUUCUCCCCAUGCCUCGGGGGUUUCCUCCGGGUACUCCGGUUUCCUCCCCCGGUCCAAAGACAUGCAUGGUAGGUUGAUUGGCAUCUCUGGAAAAUUGUCUGUAGUGUGUGAGUGUGUGUGAGUGAAUGAGAGUGUGUGUGUGCCCUGUGAUGGGUUGGCACUCCGUCCAGGGUGUAUCCUGCCUCAAUGCCCGAUGACGCCUGAGAUAGGCACUUAGUGAUCGUUCAGUUACAAGAGCAUCGGUGAGAUCAGACUCUGAUGUCGGGACGUUGAGGAGACUCCAGUUCCAGUUUUUUCCAGUGGGGUUGAGUCAGAGUCGGGGCUCUGAAGGACACUAGAGUUCUUAAGUCCAACCUUCAUCUCCACACCUUCAUGCCUUCACAGAGCUGCUUUGUGCACAGAGACAUUGUCAUGAUGGAAAGAGUUUAGUUUUUAGUGAUGUGAAGCUUUAAUGCUUCAGUGAACAGAGAUGUUCUUACAUACGCUUGUGUGCUUCCAACGGUUUUUAGAACGACCCGUAUGCAUGCGACGGUCAGGGGUGCACAUACUUAUAGCCAUAUAGUGUAUCUAUUAAUAAAGUUGUAUUUUGUAAAGUCAGUAGCUACUUGUGUGGAGAUAAUUACAUCAUUUGUUCCUCUAAUAACAGAGUUGGUUUAACAGGAACAGAUGAUGCAAUAAUGUCCAGACAAGUUGGUAUUGACUUCAAAUACCAAAAAGAUCAGAUCAUUGGAAUGAGACGGCUUAGAUAUGACCUCCCAGGCUGCGGAUUUGUCCACCCUAUCAGUCGAUUUCAUUUGGAUGAAGUGGGACAUUGUGUGUAUUUCUUUUCUCUUUUAUAUUUUUGGCUGUUUCUGUAAUAAAGUUAACGCAUAUAUUUAAUACAGAAAUAGAUUUACGAAUCCAUCCAGCCACUCGUACGUGCCGAUAACAACCGAGUCGCUCGCUCGGCGACACGGAAGCAUUGACGAUGCUCUCAAAAAAAAAACCAAAAAAAAAACAAACAAAUCGAUAGUGUCAUGUUGUGUAAAUUAUCAAUAUAUCAAUAUUCUAUUUAUCGUAUCGUCAUAGCAGAAAGAAAUGGUUCUACUUUAUAGACAAGCUUCAAAUCAGCUGCACUGUGUCUAGAGUCACAGAGUCACUCUUCAUACCCUACAGGGAUAUUAAUACACUGUCCUGUCCCAUCGCGCACAGCAGAACGUAAGGGGGCGGGGCUCCGUUAACGACGUACCUACUUCGAAUCAUUAGUCGUAUGUUGUUGUUAAUUCCACGGUCGUGUUAUACACUUUUUAAGCAUCUGGUCCUCCAGACGAGACAGAAACAAAACGCAAGCAGUCCACAGAACGUCUGUUAUUUCCCGGUCCUCGUUAACAUCGCUUCCUUGCACGACAGCCAAUCUAUGCGACGUUCUUUUCUUAAUGUAAAGUUCUCUUGUUUAGGACAUACACUGUGAGAAUCAAGGCACAAAAGUGCCGUGAUUUAAUCCCCUGUCCGGGCGUCUUGUGUUUUCUGUGACCCGCCGUAGGAAUAAAUGAUGCGAGCGAUAAAUGAAGGCGUGUGCCGAUACCGAGCAGGAAAUUCUAACGCCUUUACAACAUCGAGAUUUAUUUCCAAUUCAGUUUAAAGACGGUUCUGUUCGCCGUUUCCUCAAAGCACCGAUCUUUACGAUCCUCUGAAGUCUGAAGGUCAGCUGUCUGCAUUUUGGCGAGCUUGCUCCUUGAAAAUGACGAAGGGACUCCGAGAAGAUAUCAGAGCGUCUGCGAUGUCGCUGUGUAUCGCGAUCACGCCUCGUUGAAGCCGGUCGUCGGCACAUGCCUUCUGGAGCGCGGUAAAAAAACGCUCGCUAGACUUCCAGCUUUAAACAUCUGCGUCAAUGAUCCUACAAACCUGAUCUCUAUAAACAGCGUCUGUAAGAACACAAGGGGAAAAAUGUCCUGGAUGUAAAACUCCGAAGUCAAAGUGCUGAAGAUGUGUAGCCAUGAUUCAUACAACAACAAAAUAAUAAUAAUAAUAAUAAUAAUAAUAAUAAUAAUAAUCAGGAAAGACUUGAGCUACUGUUUAUUGUUCAGUUGUUCAUUUAGUUUCUGCAUUAUAUAGCUGUGCAUUGGAAAUAUGUAUAAUAUAUGUAAUGAUGCCCAAGAAACAUGCCCUGAGACGUCCGUUCUUUUAAACACACACACACACACACACACACACACACACACACACACACACACACACACAGACGUUGUACAUAGAGAUCAGGUUUUAAAGCUACAGUGUAUGAAGCACUAUUUGAACCUGGGCCUGUGCAGUAUUUUUUCCCACAAUGCAUUGCGUGAAAAAGCAGGGUUAUCUUCCUGUGUGCCUCGUCACUGUCGUUACGUCCUCACUUUCACUGUGCUCACUCACGAACCUUCUCCUUAAAGGAGAUACUGUCGACAGAACAACGCGUUUUCUGCCUUAGCUAAUCUCUAUUCUAAUCAUGCCCAAAUAUCGAUAUGAGUUUUAUGAUGAGGAAAUAAGGAGUGUGUGAGUGUAUUGAACGGUGCAUGUGAGUGUGUUCACGUCCAUACGGUUACAGACAUUUGCUUUAAAAAUGUGAUUGUUUUUUUUUGUUUGUUUGUUGUUGUUUUUUGCAUUCUAUAAUAAACUGACAAGCUUG